AUGUUUCUUUUCGAAUCUGAGUUGGAGCUUUUGAGACAUAAAAAUGGACUUCUCAAUGGUUAUGUUGGAAUUGGUCUUGCGUCACUUGAAGAAAAAAUGAAUUUUCUGUGGAAUUUCAAAGUAUUAUCGCAAGAGCAUAAGUUCUUCAAUUUGCUUGAAAUGCCUGAGUUUCGUGGAAUGCUUGAAUGGAAUGAAAUUUCUUGGCAUGUGGAUUUGUAUUAUGCCCUGCUUGAUCGAGAGGUUCCAAAGCAUGAGGAAUGCCAUCUUCUUAUUGAUUUGCUAGAACUUGAUAGAAUAAAGGCAAGUGCCAGAAAUUCUUUGCUUGUGGAGCUGGAAGAAUUUCGCUUCAAUGGCAUGAAGAUGGAUUUGCCUAAGCCCCCAGCCCUCGUACAAGAUCUGGUUUUGCUUGAGAAUGGAGGUCUAAGACACAAGCAAAAGGCACAUCUACAAACGGGCUGGGAUGCAGUAAAGGGCAAAUGGAAUAAAUUAUCCCAUGUGCCUGAGUUCAAAGAUCAAGCCCCAAAAAUGCUUCGAAAGGACAAAGAUGCCUUAGGAAACACCUUGGUUACCUUCACCAACAAAAAUAACAACAGCUUACAAAUAAAUUUUCUAGCUUGGCAUGAGAAGUUUAUGGCAUGGGAGCAAAAUUGUCAUGAGUUUAGCACUGAAGAGAAAACUAAGUGUUCCUGGGAGGGGGGAAGGGAGCAACCUGCCAGAAGGAGGAAAAACGGGGAAGAGGAUGAACAGAGCACGAAUUUGUUGGGUGUUGCAGGUGAGAGAGGAAGCUUGCAAUAUGAAAUGUCUGAUGAGGGAAAGAGAAUGGGUAUGCAUGUGGUUCAAAAGGUGAUUCCUCUCCUAGCAGGCUGCGUGCCAAUAUCCCUUGGUCCCUUGGGUGUCUUUUGCUUGAAACUUGCUCAUUUCCCAUGUGCUGGAACCUCCCAGCAGAUUUGUAUAAUGGACCUUCAGAGUUCUCCUUCGUGGCUUUUGUUUUUCCAGCCAAGUACUGGGGCUUUUGUAGCUCAUUAUGGUAAUUGUAUGGGCAAAGGUGAUUCAUUAAUAAGGAAAGACGUUAGGAAGAUUCUCAAGCGCAAGGAUAGUGAUGCUGGUGAAAGAGGAAGAGCUCUAGAAGACUUGCGGGCAGCUCUAUUUAAUGAAUUUCGCUCAUCUGAAGGUGCAAAGCGUCAACAACAACAACUAUGUGGCCCUGCUACUGCUCUUACAUUCAAUUUUGUAAUUGCUGUUGGUAUAAUUUUCGUGAACAAAUUGGUGCUCAAAGUUGUUGGGUUCCAGUUUCCUAUAUUUCUCACUUUUAUCCACUAUGUCGUUAGCUGGUUUUUGAUGGCCGUUCUAAAUGCUCUGUCUAUCCUCCCUGCGUGUCCCCCAAAAUCGACCCGCUUAUCUACGUUAUUUACUCUUGGUUUUGUUAUGGCCUUUUCUACUGGCCUUGCUAAUGUUAGUUUGAAGUACAAUAGUGUGGGGUUUUAUCAGAUGUCUAAGAUUGCGGUUACUCCUUCAAUUGUUCUCGCAGAAUUUUUAUUGUACAAUAAGAGAGUUUCUUUCUCCAAGGAUAGAAAAUUGGUGUCAGCAUUAGCAUGGAUAAUACCAAGUGCAGUCAACAAGAUUCUUUGGUCUAGUCUGCAACAGCAGGAAAAUUGGACAGCCUUGGCGUUAAUGUGGAAGACAACGCCAAUCACCUUAUUUUUCCUUGUUGCACUAAUACCCUGGUUAGAUCCACCUGGUGCCCUCUCAUUCAAUUGGAACUUUAAUAACACCUUGGCAAUUCUCAUGUCAGCUAUUCUUGGCUUCUUGCUUCAGUGGUCAGGUGCUCUAGCACUUGGGGCCACAUCUGCUGUUACACAUGUUGUUCUUGGUCAAUUCAAAACAUGCGUCAUUCUUCUAGGAAACUACUACCUCUUUAGUUCGAAUCCAGGCAAGACGAGUAUUUCUGGGGCUUUCACAGCAAUUGCUGGAAUGUCUAUUUACACUUACCUUAAUUUGAAGCAGCAAUCGAGCAAAGCUCCACGACAAGCCUCUUCUUUGCCAAAAUCAAAACUGAGUAAAGAAAAUGGCAGCAUCCAUGAAGGAAACUAUGGUUCUGAAUCUGUCUAA